AUGGAAUUAGUCAGAUUUGCAAUCUUCGCAGUCAUUCUGUACGUUCAGGUCUACGGGUCAUCUGGGUCUCCGGAGGAUGACCGGGAUAUCUGGUCUGUGGAAAACUGGCAGGACCCGUCGGAUAGCGGUAUUGCCAUUCGCUUUGCUGAUCUGAUGAAAAGGUCGAAAUCACAACAGUUCCAUGGAUUAAUGGGCAGAAGUUCUGGUGUUCCUCAACCUGUGCGUCUUGGACGAAAAAGGAAUAAAGGAGAAAUGUUUGUCGGACUCAUGGGCAGAAGGUCUUCUAGCGGAGAACUACAAGAGGAAUGGAACAAACCUCAGACAUACUACUAA